UUAGCUUGGCUUCAGCGAUCGCCAGAAUGGGCCAGUUCCAUGCGGUGCUUGGACUUUUCCUGGCUCUUAUUGAGGCCGUCGCAGAGCCAAAGAUCUCAGUAGUCACAGCGCUAUUGCCGCCCCGUGGCCCAGGCCGGGUGAACGACACCCUUGGGGCUGGUGCACGCUUGCGAGUUGAGGCUUCGGGAGGCUGCUUCAGAUGGGUCUCGCAAAGGCCUGACCUUGUGGUGGUCGAGGAGCCGCUCCAAGAGGAGCUUCCUCCACGACGUGCUGCGGAGAAGGCGGCGGAGGCAGCGUGCCAAGAGGCCUGCCUUCAUGCUGGCUGGCAGCAGCUGCCAGACGAAAGUCAGGCGGAUGAUGGCUGCCAGCCAGUGGCAAUCAUCCGUUCGCUCGCAGAGAGCGUGAGCGCUGUUGAGAAGGUCCUUGUUCUAGCACAGGACAUCACAUCACCUGGAGUUGAGCUUCGAUGUGAGGUCUACAUUGCCAAUAUAGAUCGAAUAGAGGUGGAGACAUCUGUCCGUCGAAUCAAUGUAGAUCAGGUUGAGACGCUGGGCAUCAAGGCCUACGACAAACAGGGCAACGUUUUCUCCUCCUUGGAGGGAUUGCAGUUUCGCUGGCGCUUGGGCGAUGCCUCCGUCCUCCGGAGUCCAAGACUUGUGGACUCUGCCUUUAAGCUGAGCCCGGUGCGGCGUGCGCUGGCAGAGGCUGGCGCGCAACCCGACACUGUGCUCUUGCAAGGAGUGGCAACUGGAAGGACUACGGUUGGGGCCAACCUUACCAUUGGCAAGAAGGUCAUUGCAUCUCCAGAGGUCCAUUUGACAGUCUUGGAGAACAUAGUGGUGCUCCCAUCGCUGAUCUACACCCCUCCUAUAGCUCAUCUUCAGCUGCACUUGAAAAUCCUGCGUGGCACGGGUGGACCAUUGGAGGACUUUCCUCCAGUUCAGCUGCCGGUGCCACAUUUCCGGUGGCAUGCUCAAGGAAUGAAAGGCAACGACACCGUGCUUUAUGUCCAGCCUGAGAUGGGUCGGGUGGUCACGCAGAAAUUGGGCACUUCGCGUGUGCUAGCAGUUGACUCAAGAAUUGAGAACAACACUGCGGCCUCCGUAAUUUAUGUGACGAAUCCUGUGACUCUUCGGUUUUGGACACGGCCUCUUUGGCGCGACCCUGGCAUCUCUAUCAUGAGACAGACUCCAGGCUGGAGAGGAAGCAUGGAGAGCGGCUGGGAGGACGAAGAGCUGCACUUGCUGCGCACUCCGACCAUCGGCACCUCUUCAGAUGAGCCCACACUUCAGCUUGUGCAGGGCAGGACCUAUGCUUUGAAGCUGGAACUACGGGAUAAAGAUUCAAAUCUUAUGCAGAUCCCUUUGAACCUGCGAGCUAGGGCACACUGUCAGGCGGCCAAUGCUUCGGAUGCUAACCUGCAGCUUCUUCACAAGGCAUCCAAUUCCGCCGUGGUGAUCUUCAGGGCUGUCGAGCUUGGGGAGGGACACAUCACCAUCGAGAACCUUACCCUUGAAGCAGACAAGGAUGAUCAGGACCGAGGUUUGAAAAGUACCUCCCUGAAGCUGCUGGCCAAGCAGGCCUUUCACGUGGCUCCGCAGCUGGAACCAAUGGUUGAUGUCUCCGGACCAAUGCUUUUGCCCAGGUGGCAUUCCUAUUUGCUUCCAGUCCGUGGAGGCAGUGGUCGACAGGUGUUUGCAGUCCACUCACAGCCAGAUGGUGCGAUCACAGUGACGCCAGAUGGCAGAGUACAGGCCUUUGGUCAGCUGUCCAGUGGCGAGCUGAGGGUGCAUGAUGUGAGGAACCCUCAGAACAACUUCACCUUGCGCGUUUUAGUGAGAAGAGCAGGGCGGUUGGUCCUGCAGCCUCGAUACUUGCAAAUACGGCUUCCCGAAAAGCCAACAGAGAAGGAUGAGGACAGGCCUGUGCUGGUGCGGGCGCGGCCAGAAGAUGGUACUGAUGAUGCAGCAGAAGUUUGUGAGGCCAUGUGCAGACUGCUCCGAAAUCUCACCUUCUGGAAUUGUACAAACCUUUUUGCUUCAGACCGCAUGGUGGCCGAAGUCUCGAAUGGAACAGUGGCGUCUGUGAGGACAGGGCCUUCCAGCGACUUUGCCACCUGCAACCUCAUUCGGGUGGGUGACCCGAUCCAGCACAUUCCAUGGGUACGCUUCGUCAAUGCUUCAGGGGCACGACAGGCCAUGGACGCCAUAGACAGGCAGGAGGUGCUUAUUGACGGUGUUGCCAUCAAGGCAAGGUGGAAGCCUCGUGGCAAGGACAAUUUGGCAGAUGAAAGGAAAGGCUACACAAGCCGGGACAUUUUCAUGGCCGAAAGGGACCGCAAAGGUGGUGGCGGAGGAGGUGGUAGCAGAGCACUGCUCAAUGAGAAGCGCCGCAGCCGCAGCCGCAGCCGCAGCAAUGGCAGGCGCAAUGCACGUGGCGGCGGCGGCGGUGGCGGUGGUGGUGGCAGCAGGUCUUUGAUGGAUGACAGGCCGCGUGACCGUGAUCGAGGUUACGAUGACAGACGCCGGGAUGAGCGAUAUGAUGACAGGCGUCGGGAUGACCGAUAUGAUGACAGGGGUCGUUAUGACGACAGGCGUUAUGAUGACAGAGGCCGCCAUGAUGACAGAGGGCGCUAUGAAGACAGGCGAGGUGAUGACAGGCGUGAUGACAAGUAUGAUGAUCGCCACGACGACAGGCGAAGGGCUGACAGCAGGGACGGAGGCUCCCGUCGAAGUGGCCGCUUGUGA